AUGAGGAGCCUUUUGGUAUUGUUGUUGGUGAUAUUAUGUUUCCCGGUGGACAGUAAGUGACAAGAAUGAUGAGGUAAUGUGCAAAUUAAGGCAAUUCCAAUGAAGCACAGCCAUUGUUUGUCUCCAUUCUUCUCAAUACUACAAUUCAGGACCUCCUGAAUGUAAUAACGGCUAUCAAAAUCUUCUUUAGAUCAGAAGAUUUCUUUGAUUUCAAACAGAAAUUGGAGAGUUCAGAUUCAAAUUUGUUCAAAAAGAUCUCCGAACUCAAAGAAGGACUUGAUCUAGAGAUGGCGGCCAUUUCCGAACAAGCCAAGGAUUUCAGUGACAGAGUAAUCCCCGGCCACUGUCAUCAUAUUUUCAGAUAAUAAUGGAAUUAAGCCGAUUCCUUCCGCCCUCAAAUACGAUGUCUUUUGACCCAGUGUCUAUUGAGACCCACCUAAAUGAUAUCGCUGAAAUGUAUUUGAAUCUAGACCCGACCACCAAGGCCGAGUUCGAGAAGAAGGCUCCUUCAAUCAAGUUUAUCCUGGAUUGGUUCAGCACUCAAAUGAAGGACAUCCACACUUAUGUCAAGAAUCCUCUCUUGGCUAUAUCAAAACUGACCUAA